CCCUAAAAAAAAAAGGAAGAAUUAUUCACUUUUUCGUACACGCAAUCGUCUCCAAGAGCAGCAAAAUGAUGUUCGAGAGCAGCCAAUUUGAUUCUCAGGCGGGGAGCGGCGGCGGCUUCUUCUCUUCUCAAAACGCCGAUUCUUCCCGCACAUCUGCUAAGAGUCGAGAUAAUCAACCGAUGUGUCCUGUUACGGUGAAGCAAAUAGUCGAAGCGAGUUCCGCCGACGACAAGUCGAAUUUCCUCAUCGACGGAAUUGAUGUGUACAAUGUAAAAUUGGUUGGAAUGGUAUUCGAAAAAUCAGCUAGAAAUACUGAUGCCUCGUUUGUCAUCGACGAUGGCACAGGGCGUAUUGCUUGCCACAGAUGGAUAAAUGAUCCACAAGACACGGAGGAAGUGGAAGAAUUAAUGGACGGUAUGUAUGUACGUGUUCACGGGCAUUUGAAGACUUUUCAGGCGAAAAAACAAGUAGUCGUUUUCGCAAUCAGGCCCGUGAACGAUUACAACGAGAUCGCAACACACUUUCUCGAAUGUAUACAUGCGCACUGCUGCAACAAUAAAUCACAGAACAAUGGUUCUUCUGCUCCCGCAGCUUCGACAGCAGUUGCGACUCAAAGUGGACAUCAAACCGUCCCUUCAACUCAAGUUUCUCAAGAGUACAAUGUGGAUGGACUAGGGAGCAUCGAUAAGAUGGUUCUAGACUAUCUCCAGUUACCUUCCUCUCUUACCGACGAAAGGGGUGUGCACCGCAAUGAAAUUGCACAAAAGCUUAAAUUAUCCCAGGAAAAGAUAAUAGAAACUAUGGAGGCUCUAGAAACGGAAGGGCUGGUUUAUUCAACAAUAGAUGAAUUUCACUACAAGUCCACUGCCUCUUGAACUUUGUGCAACUACUCACAUGUUUUUUUUUUUUUUCACUUUGUUAGAAAUUUCCUAAGUAAUUUUUUUUUUCUUUCUAUCUGGCUAAGAAUAUUAUUAAUUAAUUACUUGUCGGGGAUUGAGAAACUUAUUGAGGAUGUCUGAAGAUUCCUUUAAUUUUUAGUUUCUUUAAUUUAUCUUUGCGUGAUGGAGUAGAAAAAAUUUAGGUCGACCGCCACAAGUGUACCCACUAGAAUCGGUGACAAGUGUUAUGGCAUUUAAGCAAAUAGAUGGCAUGCAUUGCCAUUUGUAA